AUGGCGGACGUGCACAUUUAUUUUGGAUCGCAAUCAGGCACUGCUGAAAGUUUCAGUGAGGAGUUGCAAGAAGAGGCUGAAAAGUACGGAAUCAAAGCCGAGGUUCGGGAUCUGCAAACCUUUACUCCAGAGGGGUUUGCCGCGAACAACAUCGUGAUCUUGGUGGUUGCCACCUAUGGUGAUGGCGAGCCUACGGACAACGCCGUGGCUUUCCACCGAUGGGUCUCUAAUCCUAAAAACGAUGGGGCGCUGAAAGGCCAGCGCUUCACGGUUAUGGGCCUGGGCGAUAUGAACUAUUCUCGUUUUAACAACAUGGGCCAGCUGACGGAUACGCAUUUGGAGCGCAUGGGAGGAACCCGCAUCUACAAGAGAGGCGUGGGAGAUGACAGCCAAGACAUCGUUUCCGAUUUUGAGAAAUGGAGGGAGGGUGGCCUCUGGGAGAACAUGAAGAAAGCAGUCGCAGAGGUGAAGAAAGAAGGUCGUUGCGUCUCCUUGGGCGAGUCGCGGCCGAAUUCUGCAGCACUGGAAAAGCCCCUGGGUUCGGCGGUGCUGUCCAUUGUCCGCGCAAGUGCAGAGCUUCCUGCCGAACCAGAUUCGGAACCGUCGGAAGUGGCUGCCCGGUUCUAUUUCGAAGCCGAGAAGUGCACGGUUGCCAAGGUUCGAGAGUUGCGGCAGCACCGAAGCCUGGAAGAGGGCCUCUCAACCAUGGAGGUCGAGCUCGAGGCUUCCGGCGCACUCCAGAAAUACACAGCGGGGGGGACUUUGGCCAUGCUCCCUCGCAAUGCGGAGUCGGACGUCUCAGCUGUGCUAAAGCUUCUCGGUUACUCGGAGUCGGACCUGAACAAGAAGGUCACUUUCAAAGCUGCGGAGGGCACUGGUUUCAAGAUCAAGAAGCCUUUCCCAUCCCCUUGCACUCUGCGUGAUGCGCUGUACCUUUAUUGCGACCUGGCCCGUGCGCCCACAAAGAAGCUGCUCUCCGCCCUCCAAGAAAAGCUGGAUGCGCCUGCGAAGGAAUUCGUAGGCAAGCUGCUGUUAGAUGCUGAUGCGCUGAAGGCGCUACAGUCAGACGCGGCUUGCUGCCGCAUGCAUGAGUUCUGGGCGCUCCUGGGCGUAACAGGAGGCCUGGAUCCGGUCGCCUUCCUCUUGAACUGCCCUCGGCAGCGUGCCCGCGAGUUCACGAUCGCCUCGUCACCUCUCAUGGCACCAAAGCGGAUUUCUCUGUGUGUGAGUCUGACAACCCGCGAGACGGAGAGUUUGGAGUCCAUGGCGGAGAAGCUCAUUUCUGCAGGAGCCCUGCCGCCCACUGCAACUGCAGCAGCGCGUGAGGCCCGGCCGAGGUUCCUGGGCAUGUGCUCCCGGUACAUCUCGGCGGACCUGAAAGAAGGUGAUUGUGUCCUCGCGAAGUACCAUUCAUCCUCGCUCGCCUUGCCAAGCAAAGAUGUGCCGAUCGUUAUGGUGGGAGCAGGUGCCGGCGUGGCACCCUUCCGCGGUUUCUGGGACGAGCUCAGGAAAGGUCCGCAGGUUGCCCCCGCGGUGCUCUUCUUCGGAUGCCGGAAUCCCGCGCAGGACUGGCUCUACAAGGAUGAGAUGAGCGCGGCGGUGAAGCUGGGCGGGGGCUGUGCAGCCUUGGCCCGGAUGCAGGUUGGUCCAAAGAGGCCGUUGGCUAGCCUCUUCACGGCUUUCUCGCGGCCAGGGGAGGGCAAGGAGAAGAGCUACGUUCAGGAUGCCAUCAAGAAGCAGGGCGAGUCGGUCAAGGCCUGGGUUCAGAACAUGGGCGGCUACGUCUUCAUCUGCGGCUCCACGGCCAUGGGUAACGGCGUCUUGCAGGCGCUGGGAGAGGUCCUGGAAGGCGGCCCCGAAGCCGUCGAGGCGCUGAAAAGCGAGGGCCGCAUCGUCGCGGAGAUGUGGGGCUGA